CGCGCUGAUAGCGUUCAAGUGGAUGCUGUUUUGCAGCAUCAGAGGCGCACUUCCCAAGACCUAGCUUAUUUGACGGGGGAUGAUAAAUGAUUUGGUUAGUGGUGUGAGAUGUUCAUUAUUUGCCAUGGCAAGAGGUCUGUUUUCAUGGGUCUGGCUGAGGAAGCCUAUCUACAUACAGGCCCGAUUCUCUUACCUGCACAUGAAGUAUAUGUUCUUCUCGUGGCUGGCAGUGUUUGUGGGUAGCUGGGUGGUGUAUGUGGAGUACUCAUCCUACUCAGAGCUGUGCCGUGGACAAGCAUGCAAGAAUGCCAUAUGUGACAAGUACAGGAAAGGAUUGAUCGACGGCUCGGCCUGCAGCAGCCUGUGUGAGAAAGACACGCUGUACCUGGGGAAGUGUCUCUCUUCCAAGCCUAACAACCAGGUGUACUCUGGUGGCUGGGGGGACCUGGAGGGGGUGGUUAAGUGCCAGAUGGAGGAGGUUCCUCAUUAUGACCCGGGAGAUGAGAUGGAGCACAGGAAGGAGGCUUCGCCCUUCAACAAGCCCACCAAGGGAACCUCUGUGGAGAAGUUCAAAGCGAUAGUCCUCAGCCACCUCAAGACCAAGGUGGGUGAACAGGCCAACCUUCAAGACCUGGUGAGCCUGGUUCUUUUCGUGGCCGACUACAACAAAGACGGCCUCAUCUCCCUACCCGAGGCCCGUUCUAUGUGGGCCCUGCUCCAGCUCAAUGAGUUCCUGCUAGCGGUGGUCCUGCAGGACAGGGAGCAUGCCCCCAGGCUCCUGGGCUUCUGUGGGGACCUGUACGUGAUGGAGAAGGUGCCCUACGCUCCCCUGUACGGCAUCAGCCUGCCCUGGGUAGUGGAGCUGUGGAUACCUGCGGGAUUACGACGCAGCAUGGACCAGUGGUUCACGCCCUCCUGGCCCCACAAGGCCAAGAUCUCCAUUGGCCUGCUGGAGCUUGUAGAGGACGUCUUCCACGGCACCUUUGGCUCCUUCCUCAUGUGUGACGUGAGUGCAGCCGACUUUGGCUACAACGACCGCCACGACCUGAAAGUGAUGGACGCUCAUCACAUCGUCCCCGAGGCCACUUUCCAGGAAGCCAUGAGGGAGCAGCGGUGCAACGUAGACGAGGACUGUCUGUACGGGACCGACUGUCGCACUUCCUGUGACCUCACCAAGCACCGGUGUACGCCAGAGGUGACACGGCCCAACCUGGCCAAGGCGUGCAGCUCGCUGAAGGAAUAUCUCCUGCGUGGGGUGCCGUCUGACAUUCAGGAUGAGCUGGAGAAACAGCUGUAUGCUUGUAUAGCAUUGAAGGGCUCGGCGGAGCAAAUGGAGAUGGAACACUCGCUUAUACUGAACAACCUGAAGACCUUGUUGUGGAAGAAAAUAUCGCACACCAAGGACUCCUAAUGAGCCCGGUCAUGUAUUUGAAAGCAUUGGUUGUAAAAAAGUUUUUGUCAUUGUAAAUCCAGUACGGAGAGUGGUUAAAUACACAAUUUGGAAAAGGGUGGAGAAUCAGUACACAUAUGAGCACUACCGCUGCCUCUGUCAAACCAUCUGGUUUCACAAUGCCUCAGAACUGGACUUGACUGGAAGUCUAUGGCAGGAGUGGAUGAAACAACCACUGGUUUUAAUUGGCUGAUCUGUCUCUCACCAUCUAGUAUAACCCUUAGAACCUCCCCCUAAUUUGUGGACUUGUGGAGUUCAAAGAGCAAGUAGCGCGAAUGAUUUAAUUUGGAAAAUGUGAAAGUACUCAUUCUGAAAUAGUUUUCACAUUAACUUUAUAUUCCUGAACUCAGAAUCAGUUGAGCAUCCCAAAAAAUAAUAUGAUCAAUGUGAUAGAACAUUUAUUUUAAUUUGGCGAUUUUCACCAAGUCCCAUCUAAUAGAGCUCCACAGUGGAGGUGUCAUAAUACCCAUAAAUCCUUGCGGUCAAACAGAGAAAUGGUUCCAAUUGUUUU